CGGGUGAGGCUGACGCUGCCAUUUUGCACCUGUGCGGCGCCCAAGUUCGUUCGCAAGCAAUCCAAACCUGACUGACCAGCAGCGGGAACGCCGUCGUCUGACCUUCGUUCAUAAACCUUCGUCGACCCCUUGGGCGGAAACAACAGCUUGCAUUGAUAGCCAAGUACCGGUCAUUGAUCGACGGCUUCAUCUUAUUAGGCCAGCCUGCUGCGCUGCGGUGUUGCGUAAUCUAUAGUUACAAUUCAUCAAGCGCGCGCGUAUUUUGCAGUUCUGAACUGUACAGAUUAGAGGCAGGCGGCCACAUGACAAUGUAUACGCAGUGUUCAUAUUUAACAUACUGCGCUGUCGCCAGUUAACAUGCAUGUGUGAAGUAUGGUGGCAGUUGACGCGAAAUUGCGAGGCACACAGCGCAUGUACCCCACCUUACUCCCUAUGCAUGCCUUUUACUUGAUAUUAUGUACCGGUAGACGAGGCACAUGACCGGUGUGGUCGAUGACACAAGGCGAGCCGCGAUGGGUCAUGGAUCGACGAUGGGUCGCUUGGACGACAGCAGCAGCGCAACUGCGACAUACAAAUGCGUGCAUAAACUACAGAAAAGCAAGCAUAUGUAGGGUUUUGAGACUCGUCGUUGGCCUGUGAUCACGCUAUCUACGAAUUCAAGCAACCACUGCUCACGCCGUCGGGCCGUUCGAAGCGCCAAGACCACUUUGAGGAGGUGACCAAGCCCCUAUUGAAAACGCAUGAAAGUCUAGCUGUAGGAAAACAUUGCCGACGGGCAGCGCCCCGGGGAAGCCGUGUGCGGAAGCCAUCCACGCACGCGCGCCAAUAACAUGCCCUCCCGCGGCGGCCGCUUACGGCGGCUGGUGCAAGCGGCAAUGCUAGCGCUGAUGGCGUUUUCGCAUGCGCUCGCUCAGCCUGGCGGCAAACCGCGUCGUGCCUGCGACACCACGCCCGAACCGUGCCACCGUGAAGGCACGGUGUGCGUGGACACGCCCGGGCAGCAGCCGGGAUAUCGUUGCGUGUGCGACACUGAGAAUGGAUACGUGAAUAAUGCAGCGGAGGGCAGCAACGGCCAGGCCUGUAAAAAAAGAGAUGUGGUCCAGCAGUCAAUGCCCCCGCCCUCGCCUGCGCCACCCAGCCCCGCGCCUCCCUCACCUGCUCCUCCAAGCCCGGUACCUCGCUCUCCUCCUCCCUCGCCAGCCCCACCCAGCCCCGCGCCUCCCUCACCUGCUCCUCCCAGCCCCGAGCCUGGCUCUCCGCCGCCCUCACCUGCGCCACCCAGCCCCCAGCCUCCGUCACCAGCUCCUCCCAGCCCGGAGCCUGGCUCUCCGCCUCCCUCGCCUGCGCCGCCCAGCCCCCAGCCUCCCUCGCCUGCGCCGCCGAGCCCUGAGCCACCCUCGCCGGCCCCUCCCAGUCCGGAGCCUGGCUCUCCGCCGCCCUCACCUGCGCCGCCCAGCCCCAAGCCUCCCUCGCCUGCGCCUCCCAGCCCUGAGCCACCCUCGCCUGCGCCGCCCAGCCCCCAGCCUCCCUCGCCAGCGCCUCCCAGCCCGAAGCCUGGCUCUCCGCCGCCCUCACCUGCGCCGCCCAGCCCUGAGCCACCCUCGCCUUCGCCGCCCAGCCCCCAGCCUCCCUCGCCGGCCCCUCCCAGCCCGGAGCCUGGCUCUCCGCCUCCCUCGCCUGCGCCGCCGAGCCCUGAGCCACCCUCGCCUGCACCGCCCAGCCCCCAGCCUCCGUCGCCUGCUCCUCCCAGCCCGGAGCCUGGCUCUCCGCCCCCGUCGCCUGCGCCGCCCAGCCCUGAGCCACCCUCGCCUUCGCCGCCCAGCCCCCAGCCUCCCUCGCCGGCCCCUCCCAGCCCGGAGCCUGGCUCUCCGCCUCCCUCGCCUGCGCCGCCGAGCCCUGAGCCACCCUCGCCUGCACCGCCCAGCCCCCAGCCUCCGUCGCCUGCUCCUCCCAGCCCGGAGCCUGGCUCUCCGCCCCCGUCGCCUGCGCCGCCCAGCCCCCAGCCUCCCUCGCCUGCUCCUCCCAGCCCGGAGCCUGGCUCUCCGCCUCCCUCGCCUGCGCCGCCCAGCCCCCAGCCUCCCUCGCCUGCUCCUCCCAGCCCGGAGCCUGGCUCUCCGCCCCCGUCGCCUGCGCCGCCCAGCCCCAAGCCUCCGUCGCCUGCGCCUCCCAGCCCGGAGCCUGGCUCUCCGCCGCCCUCGCCUGCGCCGCCCAGACCUGAGCCUCCGUCGCCUGCGCCGCCGAGCCCUGAGCCUGGAUCUCCGCCACCCUCGCCUGCGCCGCCCAGCCCCCAGCCGCCCUCGCCGGCCCCUCCCAGCCCGGAGCCUGGCUCUCCGCCUCCCUCGCCUGCGCCGCCCAGACCUGAGCCUCCGUCGCCUGCGCCGCCCAGCCCCCAGCCUCCCUCGCCUGCUCCUCCCAGCCCGGACCCUGGCUCUCCGCCUCCCUCGCCUGCGCCGCCCAGCCCCCAGCCUCCCUCGCCGGCCCCUCCCAGCCCGGAGCCUGGCUCUCCGCCGCCCUCGCCUGCGCCGCCCAGACCUGAGCCUCCGUCGCCUGCGCCGCCCAGCCCCCAGCCUCCCUCGCCUGCUCCUCCCAGCCCGGACCCUGGCUCUCCGCCUCCCUCGCCUGCGCCGCCCAGCCCCCAGCCUCCCUCGCCGGCCCCUCCCAGCCCGGAGCCUGGCUCUCCGCCGCCCUCGCCUGCGCCGCCCAGACCUGAGCCUCCGUCGCCUGCGCCGCCCAGCCCCCAGCCUCCCUCGCCUGCUCCUCCCAGCCCGGACCCUGGCUCUCCGCCUCCCUCGCCUGUGCCGCCCAGCCCCCAGCCACCCUCGCCUGCGCCGCCCAGCCCCCAGCCUCCGUCGCCUGCUCCUCCCAGCCCGGAGCCUGGAUCUCCGCCGCCCUCGCCAGCUCCUCCCAGCCCCAAGCCUCCGUCGCCUGCGCCUCCCAGCCCGGAGCCAGGCUCUCCGCCUCCCUCGCCUGCGCCGCCCAGCCCCAAGCCUCCCUCGCCUGCGCCGCCGGGCCCUGAGCCACCCUCGCCAGCUCCUCCCAGCCCCAAGCCUCCGUCGCCUGCGCCUCCCAGCCCGGAGCCAGGCUCUCCGCCUCCCUCGCCUGCGCCGCCCAGCCCCCAGCCACCCUCGCCUGCGCCGCCCAGCCCCCAGCCUCCCUCGCCGGCCCCUCCCAGCCCGGAGCCUGGAUCUCCGUCUCCCUCGCCUGCGCCGCCCAGCCCCCAGCCUCCGUCGCCUGCGCCACCCAGCCCCCAGCCUCCGUCGCCUGCGCCUCCCAGCCCGGAGCCAGGCUCUCCGCCUCCCUCGCCUGCGCCGCCCAGCCCCCAGCCACCCUCGCCAGCUCCUCCCAGCCCCAAGCCUCCGUCGCCUGCGCCUCCCAGCCCGGAGCCAGGCUCUCCGCCUCCCUCGCCUGCGCCGCCCAGCCCCCAGCCACCCUCGCCUGCGCCGCCCAGCCCCCAGCCUCCGUCGCCUGCUCCUCCCAGCCCGGCGCCUGGAUCUCCGCCUCCCUCGCCAGCCCCGCCCAGCCCACAGCCUCCCUUGCCUGCGCCGCCCAGCCCCCAGCCUCCCUCGCCGGCCCCUCCCAGCCCGGCGCCUGGAUCUCCGCCUCCCUCGCCAGCCCCGCCUAGUCCUAAGCCUCCCUCGCCCCGUCCCCCAUCCCCCGCACCUCCCAGCCCGGCGCCUCCCUCGCCCCGUCCCCCAUCCCCCGCACCUCCCAGUCCGCCAUCACCGCGGCCGCCGUCACCGCGCCCGCCAUCUCCGUCGCCGCCGUCACCUGCUCCACCAACGGGCAUGAACGCCAUUUACAGCUUGAACACCAGCACAUGCAUUGGCUAUGGGUCCAACGCGCCCUACCUGCUCUCCUGCAACACGAACAACGCGGGCGCCUACAACGCACUGGUGACGCCAGUGGGCGCAAACAACCUGUUCACCAUCCGGGCCAACUCCGACACCAGUAAGUGUCUGUCGGCGACGGACAACUCCGCGUCGGCCGGUACGGCCUCGUUCGUGCCACAGAUGCUGCCAUGCGUACCGGGCGCCGACAGCCAACAGUUCUUCGUGAACGUGACUCAAUUUGGGCUGUGGACGCUCAGCCCCAAGAACAACAGGACACGCUGCUUAAAGCCGGCGGCCAAUGGAACCCUCACAAGCAUGACCCUCGCGGACUGCUCCGGCAACCCUGCAACGGAGAGCGUGGGCUUCACAAUGUCGUUUACUCCGGCACAGCCCCCGGCGUGCACACUGCCGGCGCUGUGGUGCUCCUACGCCACGCAGCGGCUCAUCGGCCCUCUGGACUGCAACGGAGACGGUGUGCUGGACUGGGCUUGCUACUCGCCCAGUACGGGGAAGCGCUGGUUGCUGUUGUCCAACCCGAGCCCAGGCCUCACCUGCCUCACCACCAGUGGCUACGCCUAUGGAGCCGCCAACAACCCGCCCAAUGGAGGCGACCCGGCAUUCCUGUCUAACUGCCCCGCCGCCUUCAACUUGCCGCCCUUGCCGCCGUCGCCAUCGCCGCCGUUCCCGCCGCCACUGCCGCCCUCGCCGGGCCCCAUCCCACCCAGCCCGGCGCCGCCCAAGCCGCCGUCGCCCCAGCCGCCGUCGCCGGCCCCUCCCGUGGGCUUCCAGCGCAUCUUCCACGCAAACAGCAGCCAAUGCGUCCGUUGCAAUAACGUCCGCACUGGCCUGGAGGCCUGCAAUCCCACCUUCUUGUUCGCAUACUACGGCGUGCUAGUCACGCCAGUUGGCGCCAACAACUUGUACACCAUCCAGUACAACUCCGACGUGAGCAGAUGCGUGACGGCUGAGGAGUCUGCUCCUUACUUCCAGACGUACUUGACGACCUGCGUUCCCGGCGCCGACAACCAGAAAUUCUUCGUGAACCAGACCCAGAACGGGCUGUGGACGAUCAGCGCCAAAGAGCUGGGCCGCAGACGCUGCUGGCAGCCGCCGCCGGCGAAUGCGAGCAUCCAAAACAUUAUCUACAUGUAUGACUGCGAGGGCGACCUUGCGAAGGAAGGUUUUGGCUUCGCACUGCCUUUCGCGCCGGCACAGCCCCCGGUGUGCUCGGUGCCGGCGGCGUGGUGCGCGCUGCCCACGCAGCAACUGGUUGGCCCCGUGGACUGCAACGGAGACGGCGUGCUGGACUGGGCCUGCAUUUCUGCAGGCACUAACCAGCGCUGGCUGCUGCUGUCCUCUGCGGCAAACCCUGCUGCCACCUGCCUCGCCACCUCGGCCACCGCCCUGGGGGCAGCCGCCAACCCGCCUACCGGAGGCACGGUGCCCUUGUCAGCCUGUCCCGCCGCCUUCACAGCGCCGCCGCCCUCGCCCCCCUUGCCGCCAUCGCCGCGGCCGCCGUCGCCGCCGUCGCCGCGCCCGCCCUCACCACCGCUGCCGCCCAGCCCAGGUGCCGCCACCCAAGCCGUUGCCGCCAUCGCCGCCGUCGCCGCCGUCGCCGCGCCCACCCUCACCCAAGCCACCCAGCCCGGGUGAGUGCGUACGUGCGCCGUGCGUGAAUGGUGCUUGACGCUGUGCUGCUGCGCUGCGCGCGUUCCAGAUCGAGGGUUUUGCGAGAGUGCAUAUCUGCAGACGGCGCGAGGAUGGGCUUGUGUUCCGCAUGCUUGUGGGACUGGUUGGCGCGAGCGUUGUGACGGUGCGAUUGUGCGUGGCCUUGAUUGUGUGGAUCCACGCAUGACCAAAUGGUACA